AUGACAGACGAUAUUGUAUCAUUAAGGUUGGCGUUAUUGAAUGCUAAGUCUAAUCUACUGACUCAUUUACAAAAUCAUCAUGAUCUCCAGCCUGUUGAAUCAGAACUUAAAGACUUGGUUGACAAAUUCGAUGACUUGGGAAAGUAUUGCCGGUAUUUGUAUAAGAAUGCAUUAAUAAAGGUCAAAUCUAAUCUACUCAAUGAAGACGAUAAAAGGGUAUCCUCAGCUUCAGAGUUUGAUAAAGAAGCAUUUAGUCAACUACAAGAGCUAUUAGACAUGUAUAGGAAUUUUUCAUCUUUGUUAGACUUACAUCAAACUUUAAUUGAGUUAGAAGCUUCAAUCGAUGAAUUGAUAUGUAAAUGUUCAAUAUCUGGCGAAAAAGAAAACUGGAAGAAACUACUCAAUAUAGACGAGUCAGAAGAUGAUUGUAAGGAUAACUUAGAAGUUGAAGAAAACUACAAAGAAAUUAAUGAGGCAGUAUUCCGCCCGUACGUCGAUGAAAUAGUUUUUUAUCUUCACGCGGCUGAAUAUUUACUCGCUGAACAACCAAAGUUUAAUAAGGACGCUGCAUUGCUAUUUCGAAGCAUGACGCUUACACUUAUACGAUGCAAGGGUCUUCUUGCUCAAGUUGUCGAUGAGUUAUGGUGUCGAUGGAUUAUUCUAGAGUUGCCGUCGAAACAAAAAGAUGUAACACCAUUUUCUAAUGUCAAUAUACCCUAUCCAUCAAUUCAUGAACAGGUGGAAUCGAAUGAUUUUUUCAGUUUUUCAUUCAACGCUUGUAUACCGUCAGUAGCUCACAUGGCAAAAGCACUGAAUAAUCCAAAUUCCCUAUUUGAUUCAUUUUUUUAUCGUCUGUCGUCGGAUAAUGAUGAUCUACCGGCGACUAUUCCGCUAUGUGGAAAAUCUUCUGUAUUGGCUAGUCUUAAAAUAUUGGCCAAGCCUGGAUUAAUAUGUCAGUUGUUGAGAAUUAUUGAAGCUUUAGAAGAGUCUAAGCCUCGUAUUUAUGAAUUGUUCAGUCAAAUUUGGACGUACAUCUUUAAACCUUGGCUUAAAAAGGUCCCAUGUGUAUCCGGUUCAGAAAUGGGUUGGCCAGAGUUGAAGUGCCAAUUGAUUAAUGAGUCGCUCCAUGAUGAAUUAGAUAUCGACGUAUCAGUGAAUAGUACUGCUAGUAGUAGUAAUAAUCGUAGGGAAACGGCUUCUACUGCUGCGGCUAACCGUGGUGUCUUAUGCUACUUCAAUCUACUGUUAAUAUCACCAAAUACGAGUACUACUACUACUACUACUACUAGUACCACUACUUCUAAUAUUAGUAAUAAAAGGAGUGCAGAAGGAGUCAAUAAUGACAGUCAUAAUAGUCGUUCUAGUCAUAAGAGUACUGAUAUAGAAACACGCAGAGGCAGUGGAGGACGAGGAGGCGUAGAACGAAGACGAAGCGAAGGAGAAGACAAAGACGAAGAAGCCGCCGUUCAGAAAUUGAUCAACAGUUCAUGUAAACAAUUAUCUAAUGCAUUUAGUGAUUUAUAUAAGUAUUUCUUUGGUCUGAAAUUUAUUCAAUCAUCCAGUAAUUGUGAUAAUAAUAGUAGAGAGGAAAAUGUCGGUAUAGGAGGACUCGAUGUCAACCUUGAUAUUCUUAGUGAUGAUGGGGAUGGGGAUGGGGAUGGGAAUGCAGAUGAUACAGCUAAACGUGUCAUUGACUUACUAAUCAACAACAACAACACCAUCGAUAAUGAUAUCGAAAAUAGUCAAUCAAUUUGUUGUUUAUUCAGUCAUGAAUUAGUCAGUGAAUUAAUCAAUGGACGUUUCAAUGUUGAUGUAUUCUUCACAGACGGUGAUGCUGAUGAUGAUGAUACAAAAUCGACUAAUUUUGAGUCAAUGUUAGCAUCAAUUACCGACUCUGUGAUACAAUUAAUUCAUGUUGGAAUAAGUACAGGAUUUCUAUCAACAGAGGAACAACUUUCACUGAAUAGUACUCAACAACAACAAGAAGUGUCAAGUUCUAAUAUUGGAGAAGCAAAAUUAAGUGUAUGGAUUAAAAAACUCCCCUUGUUGAAGUAUAAACGUAAAGCAAGCUGUAUGCUAGAACAACUGCAUCAGCUAUUAGCUAAUCGUGAACUCUUCUAUUCAAUGUGUCGUCCAGCGAAUGAAAGCGUAAAAUGUGAGGAGAAGAACAGGGAGCAGGAGGAGAAGGAAGAGGAGGAGGCGAAUCCUUCAGAUACUGAUCAUAUUAAUGCUGGUGACGAUGAUGAUGUUGAAUAUGAUGAAAGUAUCUUUGAAGAGGAAGAAUUCAUUCUCAGUGAUGCUGGUGAUAAGGAUGAUAAUGAUAAUAAUAAUAAUAAUAAUGGUCCACUGGAAUCACGAUCAUUAUCGGAUUCAAAUAACGAGAGUGAAUAUGAGCAUACUAUCUCUAGACUACUGAAAUCCAAGUGUAAUCUACGCGAUAUCUCAAGAUAUUUAGAUCCUGGACAAUUUGAUUUUCCUGAUUGUAUGGUGUCGGAAACUGUCCUCCUAAUGAUGAAACAAGUCUAUGACAUUCUCAAUAAUAGUUUUACCUACCUUGUAACCUUAGUGAAUGAAGUGAAUCAAUCGACAGCAAAUAAUGUGCUGGAUUUAAAUACAAAGAAAACUAUCACAAUAAGUUUUGUUGAAUUUAUAAUUAAAUUAAUUCCUCGGAUAUUUAUGCUAUUCACCUCACUGAUACCUAGUUUACAUGCACAGACGGGUUUACGAUUUGCUGUUCUGUACUACAAUGAUUGUAUGUAUUUAGCUCAUGAAUGUUUAUCCCUGGGUGAACGUGGCCCGUACAAAUUUAUUGGAGACUUUUUCGAUUUAGACUAUGAAACAGUAGCCAGUGCUAAUGAUAUUGUUUUUGAUGAAGAUAUUCUGGAGAGAUUAGCUGCAAUGGGUACUUGUGGUCUGGUACCACAUUUACAUCAAUCUGGUGUCAAAAGCUUAUCGUAUCAUUUAAGACGUGAACGACAACAUCUCCUACGAUGCAUUGAAAGGAUACAAGGAUUUCGUGAUGUCAGUUCAUCAUUCGGUUAUAAUCGAUGUACUACUUCUAUGGAUGAUUGUUGUCGUCAUUUGCUAAAAGUUGCUGAUGUUCUUGCCUAUCUACCAUAUAAGAUCUAUUAUCGUGCAUUAGGUUACUUGUGUAAUUGUGUUUGUGCAGAAUUAGUGAAAUGUAUAGUGAAUUCAACUGAUAUUACACAGUCGGAUUGUGAUAAAAUACUGAUCUUAUUAGAUCAGAUUAGUGGCACUGUUAGAGCAUUUUUUGUUUCGAGUGACGAAAAAGUUCAUCUGACUGUGGAAGCCUCAAUGAAUAAGUCAUCACAACAGAACUCCAAUACAGCACGACUUCAUCGACGUUGUCCAGAAUAUCAACGCCUGCAGGGAGUUAUCAGUGUUCUAUCAGUCUCAUCAUUGGCUAUAAUUCGUGAUGCCCUAUGGAUGGAUGGAAAAGGACCAUUGUCUACAGAGUCCCGCAUUACAGCGUUUGAGUUAAGUUGUCUAAUUAAAGCAUUGCAUAGCAGUUCUUCAAUGCGUGAUGAAAUGUUAAAAAAGUUGCAUAUCGAUACAAUUUGGACUGGUAGCUUCAAUAACAAACAGUCUUAA